AUGCUUACAUUUUGCCCAAAUUGCUCAAACAUGCUACUAAUAUCACCAGCAGACGAUGGAUCAAAUAGAUUCUAUUGUUCAACAUGUCCGUAUGAAUUCAAAAUCCAAGGAUUACAAAUGUUUGAUCGUAAAAAAUUACAUAGAAAAGAAGUAGAUGAUGUUUUAGGGGGUGAAGGUACAUGGGAUAAUGUUGAUCAAACUGCUGCUCAAUGUCCUAUUGAUAGUUGUGGUGGUGAUAAAGCUUAUUUUUUUCAAUUACAAAUUAGAUCUGCUGAUGAGCCAAUGACUACUUUUUAUAAAUGUGUUAAAUGUGGGAAUAGAUGGAAAGAAAAUUAG